CGCUGCCCCCCGCCGCCAAACUCACCACCAUCUUCUGCAUGUGCAACAUUUGCAGCCGGACACACUCCGCUCCCCGGCGAUGGAGACUGCGGGAAAAAUCCGCCGCGGCGGCAUGGCUUGCUGAAGCGGCAGCCGGGAGAGAGGCAGGGCGAGAGCGGGAGAGGAUAGCGAACAAAUUCUAAAACCAAACCACCCGAAAAAAAAAAAAAAGAAAAGAGAAAAAAGAAAAAGAAAAAGAAAAAGGAGGAAACCUCUCUUUUUCUCCCCCUUCCCUUUUUUUUUUUAAUUUUUUUUUUUUUUUAUUCCUGGUUUUGUGUGUAUCCUCCUCGCCCUCGAUGCCUCUUUAAGCAGCAUCCAGCGAGCGAGCGGGAGAAGGCGAGACAGAGAGGCAGAAGAGAAGAUGAGGAUAAUUUGCAGACAGCUUGUCUUGUUGUUUUCUGGCUUUUGGGGACUAGCAAUGGGAGCUUUUCCUAGCAGCGUGCAAAUAGGUGGUCUCUUCAUCAGGAACACAGAUCAGGAAUACACUGCUUUUCGAUUAGCAAUCUUUCUUCAUAACACCAGCCCCAAUGCAUCCGAAGCACCUUUUAAUUUGGUUCCUCAUGUAGACAACAUUGAAACAGCCAACAGCUUCGCUGUAACAAAUGCCUUUUGCUCCCAGUAUUCUAGAGGAGUUUUUGCCAUUUUUGGACUGUAUGAUAAGAGAUCAGUACAUACCUUGACCUCAUUCUGCAGCGCCUUGCACAUCUCGCUGAUCACGCCGAGUUUCCCCACGGAGGGCGAGAGCCAGUUCGUGCUGCAGCUGCGGCCGUCCCUGCGGGGAGCCCUCCUGAGCUUGCUGGAUCACUACGAGUGGAACCGCUUCGUUUUCCUCUACGACACAGACCGAGGUUAUUCAAUACUUCAAGCAAUUAUGGAAAAAGCAGGACAAAAUAGCUGGCAAGUCAGUGCCAUCUGUGUGGAGAAUUUUAACGAUGCCAGCUACAGGCGGCUUUUAGAAGAUCUGGACCGAAGGCAAGAAAAGAAAUUUGUAAUAGACUGUGAAAUAGAGAGGCUUCAGAAUCUCUUAGAACAGAUUGUGAGCGUGGGAAAGCAUGUUAAAGGAUAUCAUUAUAUUGUUGCCAACCUGGGAUUCAAAGAUAUUUCUCUGGAGAGAUUUAUGCAUGGGGGAGCCAAUGUGACUGGAUUUCAGCUAGUGGAUUUCAGUACCCCAAUGGUAACUAAGCUGAUGCAGCGCUGGAAGAAACUGGACCAGAGAGAAUACCCAGGAUCUGAGACCCCACCAAAGUAUACAUCUGCAUUGACAUAUGAUGGAGUACUUGUGAUGGCUGAAACUUUCCGUAAUCUUAGAAGACAGAAAAUUGAUAUUUCAAGGAGAGGAAAUGCUGGUGAUUGUCUUGCCAACCCUGCAGCCCCAUGGGGUCAAGGAAUUGAUAUGGAGAGGACAUUAAAACAGGUUCGAAUACAAGGUUUGACUGGAAAUGUUCAGUUCGACCACUAUGGUCGCAGGGUCAACUACACCAUGGAUGUCUUUGAGCUGAAAAAUACUGGCCCUCGGAAGGUUGGUUACUGGAAUGACAUGGAUAAAUUAGUUUUGAUUCAGCAUGAACCUACACUUGGAAAUGACACUGCAGCCAUUGAGAAUAGAACAGUAGUUGUCACUACAAUUUUGCCUCUGAUGAAGAAUCCUAUUUUAAGAAAUUGAUCAAGGAAGAAAAGAGUCCCAAGAUGCUGCGAACAUUCCUAACUAAGGCUCAAGUAUUAACCACCAGUCUAGUAACAUUGAGCUAAUUUUUCCAUAUGGAUUACUGUUCCUCUGACUGGAUGACCAGGCACUGAACCACCAAGAAAAGUUCUGUGACUAAUCUGAAAUGUCUAGAACAGAUGAUGUUAACCUUCAACUUUGCCAAGCUGAGAAGAGAACGAUGUGAAUUACAAGCUUUCAGUCGAAAUUUUCCUCUCAAACCAAUCCUGAUACCUUUGACUGAAGCUCUCACACAUGAAUACUGUAAUUUCCAUAAAUAGCUCCAAGCUUAGGAGAAGCGAGUAAAAUAUAAUAAGGAAAAGUAAUAGAAAAGGUUUCUGUUCACCAGAAAGGAAAAAAAAAGGAAAACAAGAAAGCUUUUAAAAUGUGUUAUCUUGCCUGUCCUGUUUGCAUUGAAGCAUUUUGAUGUGCGUAAUAAAUGUUAUCUUCAAAAGAACUUUUCCAAUCCCUGUAUUGAAGGGACUGAUGGGAUCGUUUGCAAAACCAAAAAGCUGAAUUAGUAUUCCAAAGCAUGCCCUAUGUUAAUGCAGCAUGUCAUUUUUGGAUAAAUGCAAUUAAUUGAAAGCAGCAUAGCUUCUUGACCAAAAAAUGUCCCCUUUCCAUGUUUCAAAAUCACAGUGCAAGAGAAAUAUAUUGGAAUUUGGUUUGAAUAAGAAUAUAUGGUGAAUUCUGCCUUAUCAUGCUCAUCUCCCAUGUACUGCUCUGGGAGCUGCACACAUGAUGCUGAAGGCAGAAUAGAACCAUGAUUCUUAAUAUUGGCUUGCUAGGACAAUGUAUUUAGCAUCUGCAAGAUCACACACACAAAGAAAAGAAAUAUUUAACUACAAUAACUUUCAUACUCCUGUUAUUUUUCUCUUCUUUGUUAUGUUGCAAAUGCCACAGAGACUUUUUCACCUCUUCAUUGCCCUCUUCAUGUUGAAGGGAAGUUGAACCAUUGUAGAUGACACAUUUAAUUUUGGUUGCAUGCAUAGUUUCCAACAUUAAACUGAAAAGCCUCUGCAAGCAGUGCUGUCAGACUUUUCAGUCUUCAAAGACAGAUGUCAUGGCAGCAUAGGAAAAGCUUACAGGUUUUCAGCAUGGCUCGCUUUAAUUUUUGCCUAAAGCCAAAUAGCACAAGUUGAUUUGUCCUCUGUUUCUUCAGCUUUUAUGUGUCUAUGCUUACUUUGCUGUAGUGUGGCUGUAUGCCUGUUGCAUAGAAACUGCAUCAUAAUGAUCAGCUCUGCACCCAAAGAACUUAGUAUAGUGUUUUCUACUUGGCAAAAUGUUUUCUUCAUUUGUAACACAGUGAGAGCACGUAGAAGUUAUUUUACAAAUUUGGUUUAGGCUCUUAGCCUAUCCACAUUAGCUGUGUGGUGCAGUAGCAGCCCAGAGAGAGGAGGCAGCAGGGGGCAGCUGAUGUUCUUUACCAACUGCAAUUUAUAGCUCCUAUUCUGCACCUCAUGUGAUGCACAGCCUCCUGCACUCUGGAAAGGACACAUUUCUUACCUGUGCAGAGGCAUUCCCUUUGGGGUGAGAUGGUAACACCUCCAAAUGCACAGUAGGCUCAUUGCAUGACUGGAGAAGGGAUGCUCUUUGCAGCCCUGCUCUAAACUAGGGUAAAGCAAGGGACUUGUCUAGCUAAGGAGAAUGAUCAUCUCUAAUUCUGCAGGUUCAGAAAUAUGGUCCCAACUCGUUGAGGAAGAAUCUAGGGAAGUUGGCUCAGAAGACUAAUCCAAACUCUCAAUACAUUUCAUGAUAGGGCCAACUCUGCACUUAACUCUGAGACUGCAAAACUUAAAAAUCACAAAAUUCCUGUAAAACCAAAGCUUGACGGUGAGCUGCAUCUGCAUUGUGCUUACAGGUCAAUAUUUGAAUGAGAUAUCCUUGGUGUUGGCAGAUUAAGUUCCAAGGGCAGGAUUCAGUUCACAGCCAAGUCACCUAGAUGUGGAUGGCUUUACAAAGGGUAUUGAUUCAGUUGCAUUCAGUGACAUUCAAGAUGCUCUAGGAUGCACAGCCUGUCCCCCAUUUCUUACACUGGAAGGAUCACCCUUGCCUGUCUCAUGCUGUAUAUGUGACCUCUUCUUCUGGAUGUUUUAGCUGGUGUAUGCACUUUUCCAGGCAUGUGGGAUAAGUUUUUCCCCAAGAUUGUAAUUCCGCAAAAAUUUUGAAAUUGAUUCAGUGGCCUAUAGGUGGAUGCCUUAUACUGAGGGUAUCAGACCUAUCUGUAACAUGCAAGCACAAAGCACCUGCAGAACAGCAUGUUGGGGUCAAGCAGGUCACCUUAGGGCAUCUAAGAUGAUAGGCAACUUUCAUUAGGUGACUGAGAAUCACCAUCACUGUUUUGACUGAUACUCGUGAUAGAGUCUUACCUCAGAAAUUCUAAUUAUAGGCUUUUUUCGCAUAAUAGAAAGAUAUUUUUUCAUUAGAAACUUUAUUAAUUAAAUUCCUCAGUAGUGUGGAGAAAAAAAUGAAGUUUGUUGCAUGAAAAUAAUAAAGAUUUCAAACCGAAUCCUGGACACUUUAUUCAGAAGAAAAAUAAAAUAAAAGAAAAAAAACUUACCAAAAAAACCUUCCAUUGACAUUUACAGAAGUUUCUUUCAGAAUAAAGUGUGAUAAUGUGUCCCACACCUGUUCUAAAAAUUAGAAAUUUCCUUGCACAGAUAUCUGCCACUUUUACAAAUUAUUUUUGCAAUGGUGAAUAUUUUGAAAUCCACUUUGGAAUAGGAGAACCAAGUUUAAAUCUGUUUGUUAUUUGGGUUAGUUACUUUGUCCGACUUCCCUUAUAGUAUGAAUCAUCAGUUGUGAGCAUUUAACUGUACACAUGAAUUUGUGGCAAUGUGGUGGAAUGAUCUGUUUACAUCUAUAAAGGUAAUUGUUGCAGACAUCAACUUGUAUUUGCAAAUGUUAAGUAUUGUUAUGAAAUUGUGAAUUAUAUAAGUAAAGCUUGCACCAUUUCAAAUA